AUGACGUCACAGGUGGCAACUCAGAAGCGCCUGCUUACUACAUAUGUCCAUAAGCUUGAGCAUGUGGUCUCAAGGCAAAGAGAGGAUAAAUUAGAGAUUCUUUCCGACUCGGUUUCGAGUGAGGUUACGAGAGAAAAUAUCAGCCGCUUAGACGAAGGUGUCUCUGCAUCAACUUUGCCGUCUCCAAAAGUAGAGAGGGUGCUCAACGACUACGGAGGAUUGCCAGAUAGUUUUGCAAAUGAAGAGGACAAGGAAUUGGGAGACUAUGAGGCGUACUCUACUACGGCCGAAUCCGCCCUCUCCAACGCCUCGACGUCACGCAUUAGCUUCAUCUGCGUUUCACACGGAAUCCCUGGCCGCCUCACUAUCCCCGCCUCAAUACAGUCGCCGCAACCCAAAAAGCUGGAGCUGCCACCUCUACCCAUUCCUACCUUUUGGGGAAAUGUAUGGGAGUGGGAUAAUUUAUGGGAAAUUUCCAAUAGCAAUAUCCCCUUCCGAGAUAUUUCAGAGAUGGUGAAGUAUAAUUACUUGCUCAGCGCCCUGAGAGGCGAGGCUAGGGAGUGCAUCCAAAAAUUCCAGGUGGCCCCGGAAGCUGGAUCUUUGUUCACCUCGCAGUCCAGCAGUACCAGAGGACUUUCGGAGCAGGUCCAGGUCCUCAUCAGUCAACUUCAGGCGAAAGGCGAAGAAACCAAUAGUUCCUGGUUGGGUAAGGAGAUGCUCUCCGAAUUCCCAAAGUUCCGUUUAAAGCGGGAAGGUUAUUUUAAUUAUAGCGAUUACUACUGCAGAUGUCCGUUUACCAUUGAGUUUCUAUCGAGUAUCUGGUAUGGGAAAUCCUGUCCACUGGAGAGAUGUUUAUGCUCAUGUCCGACACGGCACCGUCUACGCGUCGCCCUUAUCACAACAUCUCAGCGCUUCGACCGAAAGGGAGCACAGCAAGAGCCUGCAUGUGCUUUUUUGCAAAAAAUACGUAACACCGCAGAUGCGGUCUCGGUAUCUCCGGCAAAUUCAGCUGUGCAUGAUCUGUGCUUCAUCAGAGCACAACACCAUGGCAUGCAGGGAAGUCUUGCUUUGAGUGUAAUGGGCCCCACCACACCACAUGCUAUUUUGGGCUAUUCAACACGAAUAAAGACUCCCCGUCUCUUGGGCACGAGCGAAGUCUCAGAGGAGCGCGAGCUCACACGAAGGCUAGAACGAACUUUGUGUCUUCUUCGCGAAAGCACCCCACUCAGCAGUAAUAUAGAGGACAGUGACGAAAACUUCUUCACCCGCAAUGCGUACUUAGCGCUCACUCAUCGCAGCGACCACACUCUUCCCAAGAGAGCAUACACUUUCUUGUAUCCUGAUACCAGAACACUCCAAAAAGGUCACGUUUUGCUGGACACCGGUUCUGAAAUGUCCUUCAUCGACCAUUCUUUGGCACGACGCCUCAAUUUACCCGUACGGCAAGAGAAGGAAAUACUGAUAAGGACAUUUGGCUCAAAGCAACCUCAGGCGAAGAAAUGA